GUCUUCGUUUCCUUGGUCGUUGCUCGUUUUACUCAACAGGAGAAAAUCGCUGCUUUGGAAGAUGAAUCUGCCCUGCUCACCGGCAAGGACAACAAAAAGGAACGCGCAGCCAAGGGGACGCUAGGUUUGGACGAUCACAUGUGGGAGACCUCGAUGGAGGAUGAAGUGGAUAGGAAAGAAAUCGCCGACUUGAAGAGUCAGCAGCGUUACGUGGACGCCUGCAAGAUUGGCAAAGGCCUCGA